AUGAAGCUGUUUCUGGUUCUCAUUAUGCUACUAUUUGAGGGACUACUAACAGAUACAGCACGGCCCAGAAAAUGCUUUAGUAAUAUAACAGGCUACUGCCGGAAGAAAUGCAAAAUGGGGGAAAUAUAUGAAGUGGCGUGUCUAAAUGGGAAAUUAUGUUGUGUUAAUGAAGGUGAAAACAAAAAACACGAGAAAGCUCCAAAGUCGCCUUCCUCUUUGAUACAGCCUGAUGGGAAGCUGGACUAUGCUAUCUUACCCACCACCACACUUGUUACAAUCCAGAUGUAA